GAUCUAACCAUCCCAUCCCAUCCCAUCCCAUACUACUCUCACUAGGCACCGACGAAUAGUCAAUGCAAAUCUGAUCAUCUUCUUUCCCAUUUUCCAUCCAUCCAUUCUUUUCAUCUCAUCUCCUCCUGUUGAUUGAUUGACUACGUUCUAUGGAAUUCUGCACAAUUCCCAUCUCCUCCCAUCCACAUUAGACAAUCCCCAUCAAUUGAUUUAUUCUUCCGAAUCAGAAUAGUCUUAGGAUUUCACGUUUUAGCUCUAGUUCGUCAUCAUCACACCUUAUCCUAUCGCUCUCCUUCCCUCCAACUCCUAAUCCAAACUCAUCCUAACCCCAAAAUGUGCGACGGCAUUGGUCUCCCAUUCAUCUGUAUCCAAUGUGGUACCGAUCAAAACCCAUGCCAUGUUAAGAUAGUCGGUCCCACACUUGGAUUCGGAGUUGGAGUACUCAGCGCUCUAGUAUGUUGGCCAGCCUCGAUCUUCGUCGGCUGCUGCGCUACCGAAGUGGGUAAAAAAAUGCUAGGAGCACCUGUGGAUAUCAAUGGACAAGUCUCAAACGCGAUACCGUUUUAAUUGUGAACAUUCGCAUUCGGAGAGAGCUCCUGUGCGUCGAUUCUAUGGGGGAAAGUUAGGAUAUAGAAGGGUGUGCAUAGGGAGACGAGAACGGAAGGAUGUUACAAUGAUACCUGGGAAGUUGAACGAUGGGAGAAAUGCAAUUGGGUAAAUGAUCCGAUCUGGUAUAGCAUGAUGCGUGUAUACAAUGAGUGUGCGAGCCUUCACAGGCAAUGAGAGAGGAACAUGAAAUGUUCCAACAAUUGAGAUUGCACUUCCAACAACGCGUCUAAAAUGCUCUCACGCCCAAAAUUCCGCAGUAUCAUCUCAUCUUCCAACGCGUCAUGUUCUCCAGCGUAUGAAAACUGAUAAUAACGCCGUAGCCGCGCAUAUCAUUCUCCAAACGCGUAUACAGAAUCAUCCAGAACAAAACACGGCAUAGUGGAGAUCACGAUGCAUCCCAAAUUCCAUUCACUGUUUACUCUACCAAUGUAAUACCACCCUAUCCA